CGAAAACUAUGACACUCGACGGGCAAACAAUGACACGCCAACACUGCAUCCUAGUCGCGUGUUGUUUCAUAUUGGCUCUUUGUCAGGCAUCGGCAGCAAUUAUAAGAGCCAAUUCCGUUGCCGAUCCAGAUCCUUUACCAAAUGGACGAGUUGUUGGCGGCGUCGCGGCAACGACCAAUAGUGCUCCAUACGCCGUUUCGAUGCAAUAUGGAGGAACCCAUUAUUGCGCCGCAAGCAUUCUCAAUUAUAACUGGCUGGUAACGGCCGCACAUUGUCUGACAAACAGUGCCCAAGUAUUAGGAUCUACACUGGUGGCAGGCUCUCUUGCAGUGGCGGGAACUGCUAGCACUACUCAAAAGCGGAGCAUUACCUAUUUUGUAGUCAAUGAUCUUUACACUGGGGGAUCAGUUCCUUAUGAUAUUGGCCUCUUAUAUACCCCUACAGCUUUUGUUUGGUCUGCAGCAGUGGCUCCUGUCACCUUACCCCAAUCCGGCGUAGUUCCUUCUGGAACGGCGAAUUUAUAUGGAUGGGGCAGCACCAGUACAACAAAUACAGCUUCGUAUCCCAGCACUCUACAAGUGGCUGCCAAUAUACCCAUUAUCACAUUGAGUUCAUGUGAGAGUGCUCUUGGCGCUAAAGGCAGCGAUGUCCAUUCCACAAACUUGUGUACAGGACCUCUGACAGGCGGCGUUAGCAUUUGUACCUCCGAUUCUGGUGGACCUUUGGUCCAAAACAACGUACUCAUUGGCAUUGUUUCAUGGGGUAAAUUGCCAUGUGGCCAGGCCAAUUCGCCAUCGGUCUAUGUGCAAGUGUCUUCGUUUAUAUCAUGGAUUUCGGCCAAUCAAGUGGUAUCCAAAUAAAUGAAUUCCAAUAAAUUACUAUUCAAGUUUAUUAAAAGACCAUAA